AUGCGUAAGUGGGACCACCACGAGAAGCUGCCUUGGUCACUGCAGACGAUGAGCCACAAUCACUUCUACCAGCGGGUCUACGACCCCAAGUUGAUCGCCAAAUGGCGCAUCAAAAGAGAACGUAACAUGGCCCGUAAUAAGGCUCGGGAGGAGAAGAGAUCGGAAGCCCAACGUAUGGCUACGUUGGAGGCUGCAUGA